AUGGAAGGCCGACUAUCCAGCAAAAACGACUUCCCCUCGUCAGAGACCUCCAGCAGGGGCAGCAGUAGCCUUCAUUCACCGAUUACCGACCCCUGCGCGUCGAAGGAGAUGGUGGUAGAUGUGGAGGUACAGGCACUGCCAACACUUGGGAAUGAUACUGGUUCAAACGCGGUACAAACACCUUCUUUUCCUGAAGGUGGCCUACGCGCAUGGCUGACGGUAAUUGGGGGCACGAUGGUCACUUUUUGCACUUUUGGUGUUGUGCAGUCGUUUGGCGUCUAUCAGGACUACUAUAGCCGCACAUCCCUCAGCGAACGCUCGUCGUCUGAAAUCAGCUUGAUUGGAUCGAUGCAAGUCUUCCUGGUUUUCGCUAUCGGGCUCCCUGCCGGACGAUUAUUCGACGCUGGAUACUUCCAUCACUGUCUCCUCACUGGUUCUGUCAUCUAUAUUUUCUCGAUCUUUAUGCUGUCCAUCGCGGAGCCUCAUCAUUACUAUCAAAACCUACUCUCGCAGGGCGUUGGGAUGGGACUGGGAAUGGGAAUGAUGUUUCUGCCAUCCCUCACCAUUACAUCACACUAUUUUCGGGUAAAGCGAUCAAUGGCUAUGGGAAUUGUGAUUGCAGGGUCGAGUCUCGGUGGCGUUGUUUAUCCAGUAUUGCUAAACAACAUAUUCCAAAGGAGCUCAGGGUUCCAGUGGGGAGUAAGGGGUGUGGCAUUCAUGGACCUUGGUUUCCUUAUUAUCGCGAACUCAAUCAUGCGAACUCGCCUUCCUCCGAAAAAAGCACAGGACGGGAGCGGAGCCACUUUCAGAAAGGUGUUGUCAGACAUACCUUUCCUUAUUUAUAUCCUCGGGUCGUUUUUGGUAUUCUGGGGCAUCUUCGUACCCUUCUUCUAUCUGCAGCUAUACGCCUCCACGCAUGGUGUCGAUGCCAUGUUCACGAAAUACUCAAUCACAGUGAUGAACGCGGCGUCGGUGUUUGGAAGGACUGUCCCAAAUUUCAUGGGAGACAUCUAUGGCCCGUUGAAUAUCAUGAUUCCCUCUGCUCUCAUUACUGCUGGUCUUAUCUUCGGUAUGUUUGGAGCAAAGAGUGUUGCCGGUGUAGCGAUCUUUGGUGUAUUCUAUGGCUUUUUUUCUGGAGGCCUCGUGUCUUUGGUGGCUCCGGGUGUUGCAUCUUUCGUGACUCAGCGAGAUUUAUCUGAUCUUGGAAUCCGCAUUGGCAUGGUGUCUUUUUCCCUGUCAUUUGCAUUGCUCACGGGCAACCCUAUUGCUGGCGCACUUCUUACUUCCCACAGACAUUGGUCUAGACCACUGAUCUUUGCAGCAGUGGUGGUCUUCAUGGGCGCUGCCUGCUUUAUGUCUGUGUGGAAACCAAUCACAAGAAGACGAGGGCAUAAAAGGGUUUGA